UUCAUUUCCUUUGGGAGAAAAUCAGAUCUUUCCAAAGGAAAAAAAAAAUGGAAAAAAAUAUUCCAUCUCUCAUAGACCCCUUUCUCUGCAAUCUAAUGGAGCCCAACGGAAGUUCACUCAGCUCUUACUACCAGCAACCGCCGCAGCAGCAGGCACCGCCACCGCCGCCGCCGCAGCAUCAGAGCCCCACCGCCGCGCCUGUCCAGCCGCCGCGGCCGCCGCCUCCUAAUGGUAUCCAACCCAACGCCGCCGCGUACCCUCACUCUGCCCCCGCCGCUUCGGAGCCCGGCAAGAGGAAGAGAGGGAGGCCCAGGAAGUAUGGAACCUCCGAGCAGGGUGGGACGAAAGCGGCGUCGUCUCCUCCUCCUUCCUCUGCCGUUCACCUGUCGUCGUUUUCGCCCACGAGGAGGGACCAAUCGUUCGGUGCUGCCGCUGGCGGUUCUGUUUCGUCUUCCAGCGGGUCUUCAAAGAAAUCUCAGCUUCCUGCGCUCGGUGGGUGUGGCGUGCAAUGCAGGGCAAGGUUUUACACCCCAUAUUAUCAAUGUUUCUGCUGGAGAAGACGUGGCCCAGAAAAUUAUGUUUUUCAUGCAACAGAGCAAAAGAGAACUAUGUAUUCUGUCAGCAUCUGGUUCUAUCUCGAAUGCUUCACUCCGACAGCCAGCCAUGUCAGGAGGCAAUGUUACAAUUGAGGGACGGUUUGAGAUCCUUUCACUGUCAGGAUCUUAUGUACGCACCGAGCUUGGGGGGAGAACUGGUGGGCUUAGCGUAUGUCUUUCUACCACAGAUGGCCAAGUCCUUGGAGGUGGGGUUGGUGGACCCCUAAAAGCUGCAGGCCCAGUACAGGUGAUUGUUGGUACAUUUCUGAUUGAUGCCAAGACGGAUGUUAGUGCUGGUGUCAAAGGCGAUGCUUCUCUCAGCAAGUUGCCAUCACAGUUUGGCGGGGUAUCAGUUUCGAGUGCAGACUUCCAACCAGUUGUUGAACACACUGGAAGAAACCCCAUCAGGGGAAACGAUGAUGAUCAAAGUAUUGGUGGAAGUCAUUUCAUGGUUGAACCUCAUGGCAUGCAAAUGUCGCAUUCACAUCCAACCAGUUGGACAGGUGGCAUUGACGGCAGAAGCAGUGCCCCUUAUGAGUUCACUGGAAGAACAGCUCAUGGAUCACAGGAAUCUCCAGAAAAUGGGGACUAUGAGCGACUUCCAGAUUAGAGAUUGGUGUUAUGGCUCUGAAAAUGCUUUUUUUGUCAUAUAUUUAUCCAUAUCACAGGUUUUUGUUUUUUUGGGCUAUACAUCUCACAACUAGCAGUAUCCCUUCUGGAGUGUGGUAUGGUAUAUAUAUGUACAGGCCAUUGGCGCUCUACACUUUUUGGUUUAAAUAUGCACCAUAGGUGAGUGAAUGAUCUGAUCUAUGCUAAAUAAUGUGUUUUGCUUCCUUCCAUCAAAUAGUAUAUGCAAGGCAGCUCCUGGCCGCUGCCUGUUCAUGUUUGGAGCCAUAAUUUAGUGAAUGGUAAAAUGCAUUUUGAGAUGAACCCAA